GCGGAGCCCCCGAGCCCCCGCCCGUCGGCCAUGGCCGCCGCCGCAGUCCGCCGCGGCCUGGCUGCCCUGGUGCUGGGCCGCCGCCCGCCGCUAGUGCCCUGCCUGCUCCCGCCGCCCGCCCGCAGCCUCCCCAGCGGCGCUGCCGCCCUUGGCCUGGGCGCGCCGCGGGCUUCCACUGCGCUCCGUGCUGCCGUCCGCAGCUACAGCCAGGUUACAGAUGCACCGUCCCACCAAGGUCACCUCUCAGAGGAGGAACAGGAGUCAUCUAAGGCAGAAAAUGACAAUGUAUUUCUCAUCAGGGCACAAGGAUUCCCGUUCUCGUGCACCGAGGAAGACGUGCUCACCUUUUUUGAUAGCUGUAGAAUUCGAAAUGGUGAGAACGGCAUACACUUCCUCUUAAAUAAGGAUGGGAGGCGCAGCGGGGAUGCCUUGAUCGAGCUGGAGUCAAAAGCAGAUGUCCAGAGAGCCUUGCAAAAACACCUGAGAUACAUGGGCCCACGCUAUGUGAAAGUUUUCGAAGUACAUGAUCGUGAUGUAGAGAGCUUACUGCAGAAUCUGCGAGAUGAGUCACAGGCCAUUAAUGAUGGAGUCGUACUACUCAGAGGCCUUCCCUUCAACUCCACUGAGGAUGAUAUCGCAUAUUUUUUCUCAGGUUUAAAAAUAACUGACAUGGUUUUCGUUUACCGGGGAGAAAGAAGAACGGGAGAAGCUUUUGUGCAGUUUGCAGCUCCUGAUAUGGCAGCUAAAGCCCUGCUACGACACAGGGAAUAUAUGGGAAAUAGAUACAUAGAAGUGUACGUCAGUAGGAAGCAUCAAAUGCAAAAGCAUUUGCCAUAUGACAGGCAGCCGGUGACCUACCACAGAGUGAGAAGAGAACAUGAAUACAUUUCUGAAGAAAGGGAAUCGAGUGACAUGGGGGGCUCCAACGCUGAAAGAGGAAAUAAAUUGUGCAGGGAAGGAAUGGAAAGCUCUGGGUGUGUUGUAGAAUCUGGGAAUGUCUCAUCACCACUGCACUUUGUUCAUAUGAAGGGUUUCCCUACCCAAGCUAGUGCCCAAGACAUCAUAAAUUUUUUUUCUCCACUGAAGCCCACAAGGAUCCUGAUAGAAUACAACUCCCAUGGAAAUGCCACAGGAGAAGCAGACGUGCAUUUCGAGAGCCAUGAGGACGCAGUGGCUGCGAUGGCCAAGGAGGGGUCCCAGCUGCAGUGCAGUGCCGUUGAAUUAUUCCUGAAUAAACAUCCAAAGGCAAAAGAAAACUGCUAGUGACAGUGGCACGGUGUCAGAUUGGCCAAGCGAACAUUCCGGGGAUACGAGCAUAAAGACGGAGGACGAGUGUCGCUGCUCCCUAACAGGGAUAAACUGUACAAAAUCUAGGUUAGCAUGGUGUAAAAGCAUAUAAUAAAUUGUAUUGACAUACUGUG